AUGAAGUUUCCUUGGCUGAUGGUUGAAGCACGAGGAACUCUAACGGUCAAGAACGGCGCCAACUCCUUCCAUUGGCAAGCUUGUGGAGGAGAGAGACUCGUCGUCUUUACAACAAAUUAUGUGGACAAACUCGAUCCGGCGCUCAUUCGGAGGGGAAGAAUGGAAAAGCACAUUGAAUUAUCGUACUUUAGCUUUGAAGCAUUCAAGGUUCUGACAAAGAAUUAUCUUAAUCUUGAGACCCACCAUCUGUUUGUGAAAAUUCGUGAGUUGUUAGAGGAAAUUAAUAUGUCCCUUUCGGAUGUUGCGGAAUAUUUGAUGCCCAAGACUAUUCCUGGGGAUGCAGAGACUUGCUUGGAGAGUUUGAUCGGAGCUCGAGAAGGCCAAAGAGGAAGCAAAGCUGAAGACUGA